GAGCCACGGAAUCUCGGAUUGCUUUCUGAUAGUGUUUGCUACUUUGUUGCUUUUCCAUGUUCCUCCCUCCACUUCUAUGUAGUCACAAUGCCAGAGCCAAGAUGAAGUCCUAGUGAUUGCUGUCCAUGGUGCUGAAGCCUCCUCACGUUAUAUCUACAGGGUCUUCACUUGUUGCACACUGUCGUGGUGGGACUGAACAUCAGUGCCAAGGCGUAUUUCAUAUACAGCAUUCGACGGAUAUAUUAUAUUACGAACAGAUUUUAUUUAUAUUGGCGACUGUUUUGCGCAUGCGAGGAGGCAAACUGAGACCACUUGCUUACACAGAUGAACGCGUUGAGAGCAUCGAUCGCUCUCAACGGGCAGAGCAGAACAUGCGCCGUAACAGAUAAACAAUAAUUUUGAACCUGGCAACACAGACUUCCAGGUCUUAUUUUCCUGACCGCCUCUGCCGUCGCUACGUUUCACGCAACAGGCUGCAACACCUAUGUGGGGUCUAAGCUGAAGAGCGGUACCACCUGUAACCGUGCCUCUGCCUCUCGACUCGCACGCCGACGCCGAGGAUGAAGAAGCAAAACGUCCGGACCUUGUCGCUCAUCCUCUGCAUGUUCUCUUACUUGCUGGUCGGCGCCGCGGUCUUUGACGCGCUGGAGUCCGAGUCGGAGAGUUCCCGCAGACGCAUCCUGGAGCAGAAGCGCAACGAGAUGAAGAAGAAGUACCGUUUCUCCGAGGACGACUACCGUGAAAUCGAGCGAGUGGUGCUGCAAGCGGAGCCCCAUCGCGCCGGCAGACAGUGGAAAUUCGCUGGCUCUUUUUAUUUUGCCAUUACAGUCAUCACCACCAUUGGUUAUGGACAUGCAGCGCCAGGCACAGACGCAGGGAAAGUCUUCUGCAUGUUCUACGCUGUUCUCGGCAUCCCUCUCACUUUGGUCAUGUUCCAGAGCCUGGGUGAAAGGAUGAACACGUUCGUCCGCUAUCUCCUGCACAAGGUGAAGCAGUGUCUGGGCUGCAGACGCACUGAGGUGUCCAUGGAGAACAUGGUCCUGGUGGGCUUCCUGUCCUGCAUCGGAACGCUUUGUGUGGGAGCUGCAGCCUUUUCCCACUUUGAGGGAUGGAGCUUCUUCCACGCUUACUACUACUGCUUCAUCACUCUCACCACCAUCGGCUUCGGGGACUUUGUGGCCCUGCAGAAGAAGGAGGACCUCCAGGAGAAAACACCCUACGUUGCGUUCAGCUUCAUGUACAUCCUGGUGGGCUUGACUGUUAUCGGGGCUUUCCUUAACCUGGUGGUGCUCCGUUUCCUCACCAUGAACACUGAGGACGAGAGGCGAGACGCUCAAGAAAGGGCCUCGCUUAAGAGGGACAGAGGCCUUUUGGAGGGGGCCCUGGGUCUGCGUGUUGUCGGGGACCAGAGGAGGGACAGCCACAGGGAGAGGAACAGGGGCAACGCGGUGCACAGCAACAGCCACAGCACACUGUUCCUCCCGAUGGAGGAAGGAACCAGCCGCACCAACCUCAUCUCCUCUUCGGCGGAGGAUCAGGAGAGACAGAGAAGCCCCUGCAAGCACAGGUUGCAUUUUCCGAUGAAAGCGGGCAGACGCAGGCAGGAGUCGAGCCUCAGCUCCCUGUGCUCCUGCGUGUGCUACCGCUUGGAGAUUUGUAAUAGCCCGGUUAUGUCCCACGGUGGACACCAAGGUUGCCAUAUCAAUUCCGUUUACUACAACUCAGUCUCAUAUAGGAUCCAGGGCUGCUCACCAAGCUCCAGGGGGAACACUGGACUCUCCUCCCCGGGAAGCACGCUCUCACCCGGGCACAGCUACCGGGAGUUUCCUCGUUUAAGGAGAAAGUCAGUUUAAGGAGAAGGAGGUUUGCAUAGACUGUAAAGAGUAUUUUCAAAGGUACCGCAUUUUAUGUUACGUCUUCUUUUUGCAUGUCAGAAGACAAAGAUUCGGUUUAAUAAAUAAGUUGUCUCUUGUGGCUAUUCACAUCAGUUUAGUUUGUAAAGCGAGGAUGAGUUUUCUUCCCAUUAUUUAUGUCAGUGAUUCUUUGCUCGCAGGUAAGCCACAGUGCAUGCUAAAGGGAAUGUGAAUGCAUGAGUGCAACAGGUAUGUACAGGUGUACAAAGUCGGGCUUUUAAUCUACAAUUUUGACAAAAGUAUUUUGGAUAUAACGCUCACGACUGUAUAACUGUUCAGUGGAGAUAUGCAAAACAUGGACUCGGCCCCCGCUUUAGAAAGGAACACUAAAUUUUUCAUGCCACAGCUAGAAGAUGUCAUUAUUCUUUUAUAUUAAAACAUAAAAAAAGGCCUUAAAGAACUCAGUGAAUUAAAAAAAAAAAACUUUUAUUACUAAGCACUGAAGGUGUGAAGUGGGGUGGGAGUGCAUCACUGCACUCUCAUAUAAAGGCAUAAUACUUGUUACAUGACGUGAUGUAGCACACAACAGAUAUGUAGCAGGUUAUCAGUGAACAUCUCACAGGUCUGGACAACGUGAUUUUCCAGCAGAGGUGUCGUUUCUUCGUAGACCAGGUCGUAGUCAGAUUCGAUGUGAGUCUCUUCCAGUAUUGUUUUAUUAAACCAAAGGAAAGGAUGUGUGAGUGUUUUUAUUUGUAUUGAUCAGAGUCUGAUAAAUCACUGCACAAGUCAAAUCGUGGUCCUAUGGGCUUAUUUGCUUUGUGUGUACAGUUGUCUUCCUCCGUUCUGCUUCGUUUUUUUCCUUAUUUAUAUUUGAUUAAAAAAGCAA